AUGGAGGAGGAAUUGAUGAUGAGAGAGGUGCCGUGGGGCGAGUGGGUGUGGGUGCACGUGUUUUCAUUUCUCGAUGCACCGCACGAACUUGCGCGCGUGCGUCUCGUGUGCUCCGCCUGGGCUCGCCUUGCCGACGAUGGGAGCGUGUGGCGAGCCAAGUGCCGGGAGGUACCCGCAGUCCAGGCUGCGUUGGAGAGUUCAUCAUCAUCAACGAAGAAGGGGAGGAGGUACGCGCCGCGGCUGUUCACGCGCAACCUCAAGACGGCCGACAACGCCCUGUGGAAGCCCCUCUUCCGCGAACUCUCGACGUUCCCGAUGAAGGGAGCGGGCACGGGGCACCUCGAGUAUAAGCUACUGCGCCAGGGCCUGCGGGCAUCCUCCAGCGACCACCCGUCCCAGGGCAUCCACCAAACCCUCAACCCGAGCCUGCAGACGUUCUGGUCGUCGAAGGGGUCGGCCGACGAUCAGAGCAGCGAAUUCCUCGUCUACCGGUUGGUGCAGCCCAUUUGCAUCGUGCACUCGGUGAGCAUCACCAUCUACCGUGCCGGCUACCAGAAAGGUAUUCCGGUGUACGGGCCGCAGAGCCUGCAGGUGUCGGUGGGCUUCGGCCCGGAGAAGGAGGACAUGCACUACACCUCGCCCGUCUAUCCCGUCGACAACUCGGCUGCUGACGUCACAUUCACACGGCGCACGUUCGGUGGCAUGCCAGUCGAGCAGACGUUCGAGUUGGCGCCGGAGCUCGUGGCCGGCGGUUUCCUGCGAAUCGACUUGUACGGGCGUGUCCAGACGCAGCCGGACGACGAUCUUUACUACACCGUUCUCCAGCGGGUGGUCGCUCUCGGCCUCCCCAUCGCGGGUUUGGACAAGCCGGUGCUGUCAGAGGCGCUGGUGCGGUUCGCGGUCUCGCGGUCCUGCUUCCACAAGUCGCUUAUCGACCCUCCGACACCCGAGCCACGCAAGCCGCCGCCCAAACCCGCCCACAUCCCUGCCGAGCACAGUGACGAAGAUGACGAAGGCGAAGACGAAGACGAGGACGACUUUGUAGAAGAUGAUGACGAUGAUGAUGAGCGCCAGCUGCCCGAGGCGGCUGAUGACACCACCUCAAGUGCAGAUGAUCUACACGAGCUGAAGUCGAUCGUGCUGCGCCACCGAGAGCGCGAGGGCGACAGUGAUGAUAGCCUUCUAUGCCGACAGCUCCUGGAGGUGAUGCAGCGGCAGAAGGAGGGCACCAUCGGCGCGUCGCAACGGGCUCAGCAGCGGAAGGAGCGCAUUCGCACGCUGCUCCUCGAGGGCAAGUACUCCGAGGCCAUCACCACCGCAUUGGACUCCCCUGCCGACGAGGACGUGCGGACGGCGGAGGUGGUGGGCUGGUUCUGGGACGCCGACGAAGCGGAGAAGGCCGGCACCGCCAACAAGACAGGGCUCGCGAAGUGGGCGCAGGAGGUGAAGAGAAGGGUCAGCGGGAGGAGCGAGGCGGGCGUGCUCGAGACCUACCUGCAGCUCGCGCUCAAGCGCCAGAAGCGACUCAAUGAGCACGAAACGCUGGCGAUUGUUCGCGCCCUCGGCUCCCAGCAUCUCCACCUCAUUGCCUUCAGCGCAGCUACUGGCAGAUUGACCUGCACGGAGGAGCUGGGCGACCUGAUUGCACAGUACAACCAGCCGCUCAUCGCCGCUGAUAUCUACAUGCGUGCGCACGUCUUCGACAAGGUGAUGGUGAGCCUGGUGGAGGCGGCCAAUUUCCAGGCGGUGAUCCGGCUCGCCUACUCACUCCAGUAUGCGCCCGACUACGUCGCCCUGCUUCGCGUGGCGAAGGAGAAGCUCAGUCGACGCAAGGCGCUCGAGUUCGGCCUUGCUCUGGCGCAGGGCAACCACGGAGCGUCCCUUCUGGAUCUCGACCAGAUCAAGGCUGCGCUGGACAUCGAGAUGGCCCAGGGCGAGUGGGACAUUCUCGGAAGGCUGCGACGCUUGGUCGAGGAUGAGGCGGCCGCCGAAGGAGGAGAAGACGACCGCGCUGAGGACAGUGAAGAGGACUGA